AUGAGUAAAAAUAAAGUUCGCCAACAUUCUAGUCGUCGUAAACGAUACAAAGAAGUGGUUCAAUCACGUGUGAACAGUAAAACUCCUGUUCAAUAUACUCGUCGAUUAAAAACAAAAAAGCAUAAAAAAUUAAAAAAUAUUGGCGCAAAUAAUUCAAAUUUAGAAAUAUACAAUCGUCCACCUAAAUUUAAUGAUGAAGAAUAUGUUCCAGCUAGUUUUAAACAAAUGUUACUUAUGAAAGAUGGUAAAUGGAAAACUCUAUUUGAUCCAGCUGUUGGAGAUACUAAAGGUAUGAAGAAAAAAGAUGAUCCAGUUCCUGUCUUGAAACAAGGUAAACAUGAAUCAGAUGCUCAUUAUUUGGGACGACUUCAUAAAGAAGUUGAAGAUGAAUUAAACAAGGUGGAAUUCUCCAAGAAACAACGAACUGAACUUAUUCCUGUUACAGAAGUUAAACAAAGUAAAAAGAAACGUAAAGCUAUAAAACGUUUAAAUGAGAAACGUAAAGAAAAACGUUUACGUACUAUUGAAAAACGUUUGACAGGGUUUGAACAUUUACAAGAUAAAGUGAAAUUCAAUGAAGUUGUUAUGGCACCUCCAUUACAAUUGACUAAACCUAAAAUGGUAUUUAAGAAAAAAUUGGAUCAAAUACAUAGUUUAGACAAAUUGUUAACAACGUGA